AUUUAAAAAUUGCUUUUCGAUGUUAUCAUAGCUUAAAAAGCUUUCGAUUUGUCCGUCUGUGAGAUCAUGUAUUGCUAGGGGAAUAUUAUGUACGCAUAUGCGCGAGUAUUUCCGCAUGCUUCUUUGUCUUAGAGCGAAGUACCAGACGUCAAAGCUUACUCGGUGGUUGUUGUGCUUUCGGAUUUUCAGAUAAGAAUUAUCAACAGCAACGGAGGUCUUCAGUCGCAGAAAAUGUCUGAAUGCAGUGAGGCUCCUCCGACUUCUCUUGUUAUGGAUCGAUCGACAGCAUAUUCACAGAUCAUCUUCAACGAAGUCCCGAAGUCCUAUCCCCCAAAUGUCCCAUUAAAAUGCAUCUACAUGGUGACUGCUGCUAUCCAACCUGAUCGCCGAGACUGGGUCGGCAUUUUCAAGGUUGGCUGGAAUACCACACGGGAUUAUUAUACCUUCGUGUGGGCAAAUUCUUCAUCUGACCCUCAGAAGGAGAAUCAAGAGAAACCACAUGUGCUUUUUGAUGCAUAUUAUCUGCCCAAGGAAGAUGGAGAGUUUUAUCAGUUCUGCUAUGUUGAUAGCGCUGGUCAAGUGAGGGGUGCGAGCACCCCCUUCUGCUUUAAAAACCCCGAGGACUUGAACUUGCAAUACAGUUUAGAAAAUGACCUCCUUGUCAUCUCAACACAGGGUCAACUUGAAAAUGAAAAGCAAGAUUUUUAUGAGGAUAUGGAAGCACAGAAGCUGACCAUUGAAGAGUUAAAAGCCAACCUGGAUGAGAAGCUGCUGGAGAUCAGUCUUCUCAGGAAAUCCAAUGCGGAGCUUAGCGAGGAAGUAAGUAGGCUUCAGCAACAGCAGACUGAUAGAGAGAAGGAGCAGAAAGUUGAACAAACUCUUUUAAAAGAUGACAAAACGCUGGAAGUGAAGAAGGAAACUGAGACACUGGUCACCCAGGAGGAUCACCUGAGAAUGAAAGAUAUGGAGAAAGAAAACAAGGAGCUUCAACAGACUUUGUCUACCAUGAAAGAGAAACAGGAAAAAGCAAAACCUAAGAUCAACCAUCUUAAAAAUGAACGAGAAGAGCUGAAAAAAAAGGUCAAGGCUCAGGAAACUGAAAUUGCGCAACUAAAUUCCCAGGCUAGAGAGCUUGAAAGGGAGAGACAGCAGUGCAACGAGAAGCAAGUCAGGCUGCAGGACCAAAUUCAGCUGCUGCAGGUGGACCUGCAAAGCAGUCAAAAGGACAGUGUGAAGUUAUCCGGAGAGCUUCGGGAGCUGCGUGCCCAAGGGAAGAAGAUUACAGAGCUGCAGUCUGAGAACCAGUUGUUACACAGUAGCCUGUUGGAGCGGGAACAGGAGAAAACUCGGCUUCAGGAGUCAAACACACAGCAGCUGCAGGAGAUUCAAAGAUUUGAGGAAGCAUGCAGUCGGGCCCAAAGGUUCCAGCAGGAGCUAGAGGACGUCAAGAAGCAGAUGGGGAGACAAGCUGUAUCUCUGGCAGAAAAGGAACAGUUUAUCAGAAAACUGGAGAAUCAGCUGAUGGAGACACGCAGAGGAGUACAGGAGCAAGUUUGCAUGGCGGGGAUUGCCAAAUCAGAGAAAGAGGAACUUUCCCAUGAAAACCAGAAAUUAAGAGGAGAUAUCCAGACACUGCAGAGGCAGCUUUCUGAUAUCGAAACCAGAUCUGUUGGCUCCAUCUCCCUUCAGAAUUCCAAUCCAUACUCCCCAUCACGAUUAUGCCCCAGUCCUGUGGGAUCUAUGGGCAGCUCCCUCGUGUAUGGGAAUCCCUUUCAGUCAGAUGGUACAACUACAGAUGAAGAGAGGAUGUGCCGCUACUGCAAGGAAAAAUUUCCUGGUAUUAACAUGAUAGAGCUGGAACUUCACCAACAGAGCCACAGGAUGUGUCCAUUUUGCAGCCUCAUCUGCGAUUCCAUGGAGCAAGAUGAGUUUGAAAAUCAUGUCUAUAGCCAUGAAGAAUAGGAGCAAAGCUGAGAUGAUGCUGACUACAGAAAUCAAGUUAUAACCAAGUUACAAAAUAAACUAAGCAAAAUAAUACUUAUCAGUUUGAUUUAGAACUUUCUUGUUGACUUUUAAAUAACCUGAAAGAUAUAUAUUCAUGCUUGCAGUUUGGUAAUAGGACAUAAACUUUGCAUGUUUAAAUCUGGACUGAUUUUUGAGAAAAAUAUAAGUAUUGAAAUAUGAUUUGUUUCAAAAUUUUCUACAGGAAGGUAAAGGAAAGUUAUAAAUGUAAAGAAACGUGCUAUUUUGACAUUGGUUUUCUCAUGAUUGUACAGGUAAUAUAUUAGGCAAUAUAUAGUAAAUGUUAAAAUAUGUAUAAAUAUGUAUAAUCAAUGUGUGGUAUUGGUGGGAACUGGAACUUACACAUAUGUGCAUGCAUUCUGAAAAUGUUUCAAAAGUUUCUUUUUAAUGUGAUAGAGUAUUCUGCAUAGUACUGUAUUUGGUGCACUGUAACAAUAAAAUUCGUAAAACAAUAAAAUAUUAUGAAAUCA